GUGCGCUCAUUAGCUACCGCCGUGUCUACGCGGCGCUCACUUACCGGGCGGGAUUUCCGCAAUAUCAAGUAUGGCGAAGACUUACGAUUAUUUGUUUAAACUACUGUUAAUCGGGGACUCGGGAGUUGGGAAGACCUGCGUGUUAUUCAGAUUCUCAGAGGACGCCUUUAACUCAACGUUUAUCUCCACAAUAGGUAUUGAUUUCAAGAUUAGGACAAUAGAGUUAGAUGGAAAGAAGAUCAAGUUACAGAUAUGGGACACAGCUGGACAGGAGCGGUUCCGAACAAUCACAACAGCAUAUUACAGAGGUGCAAUGGGCAUUAUGCUGGUGUAUGACAUCACUAACGAGAAGUCCUUUGACAACAUCAAGAACUGGAUCAGAAACAUCGAAGAGCAUGCAUCAGCAGACGUGGAGAAGAUGAUUUUGGGGAACAAGUGUGACAUCAAUGACAAACGACAAGUGUCCAGAGAGCGAGGGGAGAAGCUGGCGUUAGAGUAUGGCAUCAAAUUCAUGGAGACGAGUGCGAAGGCCAACAUCAAUGUGGAGAAUGCAUUCUUAACACUUGCCAGAGACAUCAAAGCAAAGAUGGACACAAAAUUGGAGGGUAACAAUCCACAGGGCAGCAAUCAUGGGGUGAAGAUCACCACCGAGCAACAGAAAAAGAGCAGCUUCUUCCGCUGUGUUCUACUGUGAAGACCAAGGCCUUACCGUCCACCACCCUGGGGCUGGACUUAACUGGACUGUGCUCUCGUUUUUAGCACUUUCACUCUCUCUCUCUCUCUCUCUCUCUCUCUCUCUCUCUCUCUCUCUCUCUCUCUCUCUCUUUCUCUUUCUUUUUCUCUCUCUCUCUCUCUCUCUCUCUCUCAUUAUCUUCCUCCAGCCCUAGAACAGUUGGAGUACUCAGCUCCUCUCAUCUGCUUCUUCCACUGCUGGCGAUGCGGUUUCUUCCCACAUAAGACGCUUUUCCUGAUGAGGCCAUGGUGGGUGGGCUGGCGCUGUUUUCUUCCUCAAUAUGAAGAGCUAAGUGGUGAAACCUUUGAUUCACAUUCUGAGGCAAAACACCUGCUAGUUUUGUCUCAGAAGUCCCUCUUGAGCGCACAGCUGCCAGAACCCACUCUCUUAUUGCAACACCGAAGUGGUUGAGGUCUUCCUUCUGGAUUCUGACACAUUGAGCCAACCUUGAGAGUUGUUCAGGAUAUUUCUUUACCAUUCCAUUAUAUUCUGCCCUCAUGCUUUCUUUGACAAUCACUUGACCUCACUCUGCAUAUAGGAGUCUUAUAAUUUGCAUCUUAAAAAGCAUAACCGAAUUGUUUCUCUAUUUUAACUUUGAUUUGCUUGUUAAAUUUGUCCUCCACAAUUUUUGUUUUGUUUUUUACCUCCUAUUCUAUUGACUAGACUGGUUCUUUUCCCACUCGGCAUUCUAUUAUUUACAUGUUUACUUACUAAUGCAGUAGAGCCGGUUGUGCUGACAUAAACUGCUGUUUUGACUCUAUCCUGAUUAAAAUUUGAGUAGUUUUUCUGAUUUAGCUUUCAUUGAGCUAUAUCCACUGCCUCUAUCUAACCUCUAGAAUUAGUGAGUUUUGUGUCCCAUCUUAAAGUGUCUCUAGAUAGAAAUGAGACAGUCCAUCUUGAAACAAGCUUCAGUAAACCCAAGUGAAUAUUGUUCCUUCCUAAAGUUAAAACUGUAGUACUUGUUUUGAUGAGAGAUAUAUUUGGUUAAGAAUAUAACCAAAUCUUGCCUGUGGGAAUUGCAUUGCAGAGCCUAUAUAUGAAUUAAUACCCAUCUAUAUAUCCAUAGAAGUACUUUUUUUUUUAUUAUUUGUUUAAAUACAUUUGAAUCAAAAGUCUCCCAAAAACACAGUCUUUUUGACUUUUGUGAUAUGCGUAAGUUACACCAGUUUUACACCAGCUUUAUAUUAUAUCGCAUAGAGCGUGUUUAUAGUGGUAACCUGGAGUGCUACGAGAUUGUCAAUUUACCUUUUACUUUACAUAAUUCAUAUUUAAUAGCUUUCAUUUGAAUUUUUUUAAUGAAACAUCUGCACAGACAUACUUUUUGUGCCAUGUAAGUUUUCAGAAUAACAAGCUAAGUCUGUGUUUAGGAAUCAUAUCUUGGCUUCCACAAUGCAUCUGAUGAUUUGUUUUUUUUUGUUUGUUUUUUUUCUUACAUUUGGUCCAUUUUGAGUGAUAUCCACAUAUAUUCUCUGUCACGCCCUGCCUCAGACCAUAGAUGGCACCAUGUGCCCUGCAAGACUUCUUAUUGUUGUUCGCUAAUACCUGCUAUCUGUAAAUUAGCUUCAUGUGACUGGGCUAAUCUGACCGGAGAACAGCGGACCCACUUCACUUUCUUUUAAAUAGCCACAAAAGAAUUGUGAUUCUGUUUUUGAGAGAUGACAAUUAAUGCACAUCAUAUCUUUUACGCCAGUUGGCUUUUUCUUAAGCUUUACUGAUUCUAAAUGUAUAUAUUAAUUGGACCUAGCAGCUUAGCAAUAGGCCAGGAAAACCCUUACUUACUUACCAGCGUUAAAUGGCACUCAUACCUUGUGAAGGAACAAUUGCUCAUUGAUUAGGAGCUUGAAAAUAGAAGCACAUUGUUUUUCCGUUCGUUUCAGAGAAGUAGAGCAUUUUUUCUUUCUCUGUGUUGCGGCUAACUCUAAAGAGGCCUUGUUUGUGUGUGUUUUAAUAGCAAUGAAAGCUUGGGCUAAUACAAGCUAGUAUGAAUGAGGAAAACCACACUCAUAUGAAAUUUUACUGCACCUUUUUUCAUUUUCUCCCAAAGAGUUGACGUCACACCAGCUCAGAUGUGUGUCCACUCUGAGUUAGGAUUGUCCAUCCCAGCCCAAAUCCAUGGCUCUCCGCCACUCCCUUUUUUCCAUAUUUACCCAAACGUCUUGCCAUUUGUCUUAAUUGCUAAUACUUGAGCUUUCAUUUUGGAUCUAUGCAUCAUGAAGGUAACACUUUUGACCUCCUAUAUUUUUGCAUUUUUUUUUCUCUCUAUUUGAGACUGCAGUAGUUUUUCUCUCUUAUUUUUCCCCUCUUAGUCUCUGUAGACUCUCCCUGCUGUAGCUGCCCCUCUUUCCUUUUUGUGCAAUUCAAUGGCUCUCUUUGAUAAGAGCCUUGUAUAUACUGUAAUGAGUCAGAAAAAGCAAUGUCACUGUUCAAUGUCUUUUGUUAUGGUGGACCUAUAAUGCAGCAGUUGAUCUGGCCUUGAUGUCACAUAAAUAACAGUGAUGGUUCGACCCAUUGUUUCUUUCCAGUCUCUAUACUCAUGCACUACUGAGAGUCAGUCAAAUGCACUCUGAGUGUGCGAGUAUUAGAAGCUGGAAAACAGUGAAGAAGAGAAUAACAUUAGUAGACACACAGUGCUUCCUGAAGUCUCAUCAGUUUUACGAGCCACAUCAAGUUGCGUAGCGUUGACUCGAGCAGUAAUAACGUCUGGCUGUCAAAUCUCUGGAGAUUUAGUUUAUUUCUUGUAUCUUCCUCUUUUGAAAUCGCUCUGUGAUGCAUAUUGUUUCCAUUUCUUUUAUAUGACCGUUUUCAUUUAAUUGUAGAUCGCGAGGUGAGCGGGGAGAAGAACGUUGUUACAUUUUGGAAAAACAAAAAUACAAAAAAAGCAAUUGUAAAUAACACUCUACAAAAGAGAUCUACUUAAAUUGUACUGUACUUUCUAAAAAUCAUAUUGAAAAAUUUGUCUACAGUUUUGUAGAUAUCAGUACUUUUGAUUUAUUAAAAUAAGAUUCUUUUAA